CUCUCAGCCAGGACGAUGGAGUCGAUGGUGGCGCCGGGUGAGGUGCUCAUGAGCCAGGCCAUCCAGCCGGCUCAUGCCGACUCCCGCGGCGAGCUGAGCGCAGGGCAGCUGCUCAAGUGGAUGGACACCACCGCUUGCCUGGCGGCCGAAAAGCAUGCUGGGAUUUCCUGUGUCACAGCCUCCAUGGAUGACAUUCUGUUUGAGGACACAGCGAGAAUUGGACAAAUUAUUACCAUCAGAGCAAAAGUGACUAGGGCGUUCAGCACAAGCAUGGAGAUCAGUAUCAAGGUCAUAGUCCAGGACAAGUUCACGGGCAUCCAGAAGCUCCUCUGCGUGGCUUUCUCUACGUUUGUAGCUAAACCAGUUGGCAAAGAAAAGGUUCACUUAAAACCUGUCCUGCUUCAAACAGAGCAAGAACAAGUGGAGCACAAUCUGGCUUCAGAGAGAAGGAAAGUCCGACUGCAGCAUGAGAACACCUUCAACAACAUUAUGAAGGAGAGCAGCAGGUUCAGCGAUUCCAUUUGUAAUGAAGAAGAAGGAACGGCCACCACCAUGGGCACCUCUGUCCAGAGCAUCGAGCUUGUCCUUCCGCCCCACGCAAACCAUCACGGAAACACAUUUGGUGGCCAGAUCAUGGCAUGGAUGGAGACAGUCGCCACCAUUUCUGCAAGCCGCCUGUGUCAUGGGCAUCCCUUUCUGAAGUCUGUGGAUAUGUUUAAAUUCCGGGGACCGUCCACAGUUGGAGACCGCCUUGUCUUCAGUGCCAUAGUCAACAACACCUUUCAGAACAGUGUGGAAGUCGGAGUGCGUGUUGAGGCCUUUGACUGUCAGGAGUGGGCCGAGGGCCAAGGCCGCCACAUCAACAGCGCUUUUCUCAUUUACAAUGCUGUUGAUGACCAGGAGAAACUCAUCACCUUUCCCAGAAUCCAACCCAUUUCAAAGGACGAUUUUCGCCGUUACCAGGGAGCCAUCGCACGGAGGAGAAUUCGCCUAGGCAGGAAAUAUGUUAUUUCCCACAAGAAAGAAGUUCCACUCAGUGCACAGUGGGAUAUAAGCAAAAAGGGAUCCCUAAGUAACACCAAUGUGGAAGCUCUCAAAAAUCUGGCAUCCAAAAGCGGUUGGGAGAUUACCACCACCUUGGAGAAGAUAAAAAUAUAUACCCUGGAGGAGCAAGAUGCCAUAUCUGUUAAGGUUGAAAAGCUUGUGGGCAGUCCAGCCCACAUAGCUUAUCAUCUCUUGUCUGACCUCACAAAGCGACCUUUAUGGGACCCCCAUUACAUAUCUUGUGAAGUUAUAGACCAGGUGAGCGAGGACGAUCAGAUAUAUUACAUCACUUGCUCGGUGGUAAAUGGAGACAAACCCAAGGACUUUGUGGUGCUUGUGUCACGAAGAAAGCCCCUCAAAGACAACAACACCUACACCGUGGCACUAAGGUCAGUUGUGCUGCCGUCUGUCCCGUCAUCUCCACAGUACAUCAGAAGUGAGGUCAUUUGUGCUGGGUUUCUCAUCCAGGCUGUCGACAGCAAUUCGUGCACCGUAACGUACCUGAACCAGAUGUCAGACAGCAUCCUCCCUUACUUUGCUGGCAAUAUUGGUGGCUGGUCAAAAUCCAUUGAGGAAGCUGCAGCCUCUUGUAUAAAAUUCAUAGAGAAUGCUACUCCUGAUGGACUUAAAAGUGUGUUAUAAAUGGUCAACUCUCAGCUACCUGUAAUUUAAUUCCAAAUGUGUCCUUAGCCCUUUUAUGUGGCAAGCUUUGGGGCCAUACAACGAUUUAAUAUCAGCCUAAGCAAAAUGCAGUUAUGAAGAGAUGAAAAAACAAAGUGUAUUCUGGUGAUUUGGAGCCAAACCACAAGAUCUCACAGCCCUACUGUACUGACACUUGGAAAUUGCCUGGAUACGAUAUCACAUGAUCUAUAAGAUGGCACAAAAUUAGUCAACACUAUCACAUCUGGCUCUGGAUUACAGAAGCUCGAUGUGUAUUCUGCAAUGAUGAGUUUAUAAAACGUGAAAUGGUGGGCUAAAACCUGAUGAGUGUUUAAUAUUAGUCCAUGGGCGGCAGACACCUUUGUCAGGAGUCUUUGAGAAGAUAUAUUCCAUGUUUUAGAACUUUAAAUUAGGAAGCGUUAAAACAUAAUGGAAUCCAAUCAGUUUUUUAAAUAUGAACGACUUCACUUUUGUCAUUUUACAUAUAUUCCAGGUAGAUGGCCAAUUUAGUAUCUAUUUCUAUACACGCACACGCCAAGCACCUGUAAAGUGUGAUAUUAGAGAGAGAAUAUUAACUGAGCUCUUCUUCUUCAUAUCUCUUCCAUUAGUACUUUAUCUCCUAGACGUCUACAUUUAUCAUUCUACACCAUGAUGUGUCUUAACUCAUAAGACCAAGCAGAAUGUGUCAGGUUAGCCUCCUUCAAAGGAUGACUUUUACAAAUGGAAGAGGACCUCCAUCAGAGUUGAGAGCAGGAGACAGGUUUGGGCUAUCCUCACCAGAUCUCCUCUGCUCCCCGGCCUGCUCCCACAUGCCCACUCAAAUAGUUUGAGGCUGGCUACAGUUUUUAUCUUACUUAUUUGUCUCAAGGUUCAGCCGUAUGUGAACUUUAGACCACGUUCUAAUUUUAUAAAUUACUAUUUAUAUAUCAUAAGAGUAAUGCAUAGCAUAGAACAUUCUAGAACUAAAAAACAACUUCAGGAAAUAUUUUAAUUCUACAAGGUAAAAGAUUUAGUAAUAAGGGGCUUAUAAGAUGCUGUAACUUAGUGUUAUCAUUUCAGACUUCUGAAAUGAAGAGGCUUUUAAGUGCUAUAUGCGUAGGCUUGGUCUUUGAAUUCAGUUUUUGAAAUGUUUUCCUGAACAGAAACAGAAAUACUUGAGUAACUUUAGCCAGCUUACUUGAGACAUAGACAGUAUGGACUCCAGUUUGCAGGAUCUACCUUACCCAGGAUGGGUAUAAACUCUCAGAACGUUGUCACUUGUCCUAGGUUUGUUUCCAUACUGCCUACUUUGGAUGAAGUCUAGUUGAUAAGUUGGAGAUUCGCAAUAACCUCUAAUAAAAUUGAACCAUCAUAA